AUGUGCUCGUUCCUCGUUCUGUUUAUUAAAACAAACCAGAAACAACUCAACGAAUUCGAAAAGAGUAAAGAACACCUGAAACUACGCGAACGUCUUUUCGCCCGCUUUGGUCCCUGGCCUGAUGACAAGCGUGCGACUGAUGCCGCAGAACUGAAGGAGCAUUUGGCCGCUCAGGAGUACUUCCUAGAGCACAAGGUCUAUCCGGGUGAGGAAUCUCUGGAGAACGCAGACCAGAAGACUCCGGGAAAAUUAAACACCGGAUUUUACACAGUACACACUAACCACGGUCCUCGGGAUCUUGGAGAUUUUGUCCUCUCGCGAAGUUCACCGCCAGAAGCACCAGAUGCCAGCGGAGAACCAAAGACUACAUGA